CUUUGCUUUCCAACCCCCCUUUUUUUCUUUUUUUUUAUCUGUAUAACAAUAAAAAUAAUGGAUAUUAAAGCAUUACAACGAAAAGUAUUCAAGACAAAGAAAGAUUUAAAGGAUUGGGAAGCCGUAUUUGCAAAGAAACAUGGACGUCCACCUACUGUACAAGACGUCAGUGACAGACCCAACAUUGAGAAAGUAUACAAGAAAUAUAACCAAUUAAAAAAGACAUUGAAACAAGAGUUAGAAGCAGGCUUAUUUACGUCCAGUGUUUCUCCUCCUGAUACCACCACUUCUUCUCAUCAAACCUCCAAUGCAUCCUCACCUGAUCGACGACCCAAUGUAGAGUUUGUCGCCUCACCUCGUCCUUCUCCUCCUCCUCCUCCUCCUCCUUCUUCUAACAACAAAAAAAUGUUGGCAGAGGAUGAGGCCUUUUGGUUAGGCGUACCCCCAACCUCCCAAUCUGAAUUCACAAGCUUCUCUCAACCCAUCACCACAUCCUUCAACUUUACCGAGACAGAAAUACCCCGCAUGUCCUCUACACAACAACCCAGUCGCUUGAUCUUGGGUAGCUCUCAAACCAAACGUAAAAUCAAGCAAUCCUUUGGCCGAAAUCCUUUCCAGCGAGCCACAGCGAAAGCCACAACAUCCACAUCAUUUAGCAGCAGUCAACCACAACAACCACAAAAACAAAAGCAGCAACAACAACAACAACAAUCACAAGAGCAACAGCCAUUGGAUAUGGAAACAGACGAUGAAGACGAACAUAUACAGAUUGUGAAUCAUGAAGUGAAUCCGUUUAGGAAUUACGAUCCUUCUUUAUUUCAAUGGGAGGAUCCUAGUUUUUCGGUGGGACCUGGAUUUUUUGCCAAAGCCUCGUCGUGCUACUUGUUGCCCAUGUUAAAUGAACCUUCUCGAAGGGAUCGUGUAUUGCGUAAAUUAGAAAAAGGUACACUGGGUGAAGUCUUACCGGAGAAUCAAUCAAUGGAAGAAGAUUUGGAUGAAGAUAUGCGACAAUUUAUUACACAGCACAGUCAACUUGAUCCCAACUCAUUUGAGUCGGCAAUAGCAGAUAUUGAUCAGGAAUUGUUGAAUUCAUCAUCCUAUGUUUAUAAAAAGAAACCACUUCAAAAACGACAAACCAAGUUAUUUAAGAUGAAAUUUGUUGAAACACAUUAAAAGUAAAGCAGGUUCUUUUCUGUACAGACAUAUACAUCAUAAUAAUAAUAAUAAUAAUAAAAAAAAAACGGAAAAGAAAGAGAGAAUAUUUUAUUUAUA